AUGGAGAUUCGCUCUGGGCUUCAUUCCCCCAGGGACAGAAGUGGUAGAAAGAGAGUGGAAAACAUCAUAAAGAUGACGCCAGGGCCAACACGGUAUGCAACAUCUCGUGUGGAUGACAUCAAGUCCAGCUUCCAGCUCUUUUUACCAGAGUCCAUUGAGGGGAUUAUACUGGAUAUGACAAACCUGGAGGGGAAACGUGAGUUUGGGGACACCUUGGAGAGAACUGGACCUGGUAGACCUCCAAGCCUACAUAGGUCUGUUGAUUUUAGCAGGAGUAUAUCGCUCAAACAAUGAGGCUACAGAAAGUCUCUGGGAUAAAGAAUCUGGCAGGCCUAUGUCCUUACAGCAGUUUCAUGUCAUUUCCAGAAUCAUUUCAUAGAAACCAUAGAAAGCUAACGACUGUCCUGUGUAGGUGAAAGUGAUAUGCAAUUGCCAUUUCUUUAGUGUCAACAAACUAUUGUCAACAUGACAUGAUCAAGAUGGUAAUAUUUCAAACACAGAUUACCUACAUGCUGAAAUUACUAUCUAUCUAUCUAUCUACAAACUUUAUUUCAGACCCAGUAAGUCCAUAUCAUACAAAAAGAUUAUUAUUAUUAUUAUGAUUAUUAUUAUUAUUAUUAUUAUGAUUAUUAUUAUUAUUAUUAUUAUUUGGACAAAUACAGUGAUUGGAUUCAUGAAUGAACGUGGACCAUUAAACUACGGGAGAUUGCCGGGAGAAAUGACAAUACGGGAGGAGGGUGGGAGACAGGUCUGAAACACGGGAGAGUGAAAAAUGGGAGUGUUGGCAGGUAUGGAUAUGAUUGAUCGCUGUUUUGGUCUGGUGGCUGCACCGCUAGUUGUGUCUAAUGCUACUUGUGCUGUCAGCAGUGACAGGCUGUGCAGACUCUGCUCGCAUUUUCAUGCUUCCUGCAUAAUCACUCGGGAAGAACUUCUUCAAAUGAUUAAACAGAUCUGUUGUGUUGCCAACUGGUUUAUCAGCUUAAUUGCUCGAUGUCACUUUGGAGAGACAUUGAAUAACUUCUCAACUAUAACAUCUUAUGAGGAUGACUCAAAGUCACAGCUGACAUCUAUUUUGCUGCCCUCAGCUCCGUGUUUAGCUCCACGUUCAGUCGUUCUGUUCACUUCUCAUGUUUAUUUUUCCGGUAACUUACAGAAGUGAGCAGGAAAUGCUCGACUCUGAUUGGCUGUUGUGAAGCACAUUUCCACCAUCUUUGAUUGAGUAAAUAAUCUCAUAGCUGAUCACAAUGAUUGAACUGAAUUUUAUCGCGAUCAUCGAUCACAAUCAUAUAAUCACACCUACUACCACCUUAACGUGGUGGAGGGGUUUGUGUGUCCCAAUGAUCCCAGAAGCUACGUUGUCGGGGGAUUUAUGCCUCCGAAGGGUCACCCAAGGCAAACAGGUCCUGGGGGAGGGACCAGACUAAGAGUAGCUCAUCCAGACAGCGGUGCCAGGCAAAGAAAAAAAAGGAAAACAAAAACUGAAGAAAAAAAAAAACCUUAACCAGGUGUUUGGCGCAAAAUAAAUAAAUGAAUAAAUAAACCUCAAAACAGGUAGAAAAUUGAAAAAAAAAGAAAACAAAAAUUUAAAAACCCUUAAAAAAGGCAGAAAACUGGAAAAAAAUAAAGUAAACUUAAAAAAAAGUAUUUCUGAAAAAGAAACUGGAAAAAAAAGACAGCACCCUAAACCGGGUGUUUUUCACAAAAAAAACAAGGCAGAAAGGUCCUGGGGAGGGACCAGACUUGGGUGACCCUUCAGUAUUUUUGUUUUUUGUUUUUAAUUUUUUUUUUCAGAAAUACUUUUCUUUUUUGUUUUCCUUUUAGUUUUUUUUGCAGUUUUUUUUUAAUUAUUAUAAUUUUAUGUGCAAAAAAAACGGUUUAGGGUGUUUUAGUUUUCUUUUGUUUUUUAGUUUCUUUUUUUUUCUUUUUUUUUCUUUUUUUUAUUACUAUUUUUUUGCCUGGCACCUCUGUCUAGAUGAGCUACUCUUAGUCUGGUCCCUCCCCCAUGACCUGUCUGCAUUGGGUGACCCUUCAGAGGCAUAAAGCCCCUGACAACAUAGCUCCUGGGAUCAUUGGGACACACAAACGCCUCCACCACGGUAAGGUGGUAGCUCGAGGAGGGGAAUAAAAACCCCCCCAUGGGAGGGAAAACCACAAGGUUUUUUUUUUUUGUGCAAAACACCCGGUAAAGGGUUUUUUUGUUGUUGUUGUUAUUGGUUUUUUUUUUCCAGUUUUUUUUUUUUAGAAAAAUACUUUUCUUUUUUUUUCUUUAGUUUAGCUCCUGGGAUCAUUGGGACACACAAACCCCUCCACCACGGUAAGGUGGUAGCUCAAGGAGGGGAAUAAAAACUCUCCCAUGGGAGGGAAAACCACAAGGGUUUUUUUUUUUGUGCAAAACACCCAGUUCAGGGUGUAUCUUCAGACGCAUGGCGUCCUGUUCCGCUCUCAGGAUCUUGAUUGUCUGUUCCUGUAAGAGUCCAUCAUAUUGAGCCUGAUGCAGCUCACGUUGAAGGGUCUCAACAUCCUGUUUCGCAGCGGUGAGAUCAGUUGCAUACUGGAAGUUCAGUGCUUGGUAUGAGGUUCUCAUCUUCUCCUGUUCUUCAUGGAGGACCGUGUUAUUUUCAGUCAGUUCCUGGACUUGUGUCGUGAGCCUCUUAUUUUCCACAGUAUGUGCCACCUUCAGCUCCUCGUAAUCAACAUGAAGAUCCUUCUUCUUCUUCUGCCGGCUCGUGUCCCUCACCAUAUCCCGCAAUUCUGUGUUUGGAGAGGGUCUCCUCUGGGUCAUUCCAUGUCAAUUCAACCAAGAAUCUCCACUCACGUCACAGAUUUUGAUGAAAUUUAGUGGAGUGAUUGGCCUUCAGGAGAAACUGUCAGAGCUCAAAUAUUUUUGUUCAAAGCCAUCUAAUUAGUGAGAUAGGGGCUAAUGAAUUUUUGGCUAACUAGCAUGACAUGCGUUACAAAAGUGUUCAUAUCUCUGGAAGUAUGGCACCUAUAGAGCUGAUUCAGGUGUCAUUUUAAAGCUCUCUUCAAGUUCUAUCUUUUUGUUCAUAACAUUUUUUCCCAAAUUGGACCAGAAAAAAAAUAUAAAAGACCAAAAACUUAAAUUGGAAAUAGCAAAAAAUACGCGUCCUUCAAUUUUCUUCAUGUUCACACUAAAGAAAGACUAUCAUGUCCACUAGCAUCACAAAAUGCGUGGUACAUUAGGUCAAAAAUCGCCAUAUUUGGCACAUUAUACAGUCCUCACCUCAUCUGGAGUCAGCCCCACUUGCCUGCUUGUGUAAAAUAUUACUUCCUCAUUGUGCAAAAUGCUUUUUUUGAGUUUUUUCAUUUGUAUGUUAUCCCAUAUUUAUAUGAAACAUUUAUAUGGGCUCAGGAUAAAUAGCCUUGAAUACUUCACAGGGAAACCAGCAACAAAAUUUCAGGGUGCAUAGGUAGAAGUUAUUUGUUAACCCUAGGAUCCAGGACAUGCAGGUAUGUCCAAAUGAUUCUUCCAUGAAGCUAAGAUCAUUCAUAUUCUGGAUAUAGGUGCAAAUAUAAAUGAAAUACGAUGGAAAACUGAGCAAAAAUAAGCUAUUCUAGCCAUUUUUCAGUGACAUUUUUGUGCUCGCCACCGGCGUGUAAAGUGCGCUGAAAGCUCGCUGAUUCAAACCUGGUCAGCUUUCAGCACAGGCGGAGCGCAGCUGUUCUAGUGGUAUUUUGGUAGACCGGCGGCGUAUCAGCAUAUGUCACUGAUACCUCACCGGCAGGUUUCCACAGUGUCAGGCACAUUUCAGUGCAAUAAAUAUAAUUAAUAACUAUUAAUCUGAGUCAGCACAUACAUUUAGAUCUGUAUAGAUAUAUUCUGAUCUAUAUCUGAUCUGAUGAGCGCAUUUGGCACGCGUUUGGACACACAACCUGGCCGAAUCAACACAGCUGAAACCGCAUUAAAUUAAAUUAAAUAUCUAGUAAAUAGACACACAUGAUGAAGUUAACAAGAUAUGUAAUUCGUCUCCCUCCUUUUCUUUCUUCCUCUUAUUUCUCGCACAGCUCGACCUGGACACGUGUCCUCUCUCCGUCCUGCUGCUGCGGCGGCUGAACAGUUGAUUUGUUUCAGUGCUCAGAUGCGUGAUCUACUUUCUCGCUACGACUUACGCCGCUGGGAGGAGCUGAGUUAGGGAGGGGGGAUACUUACGCCGGGCUAAGCUACUCACCAAAAUACCAAAUUGUGCUUGGGAACGCUUUGUCGGCGCAGCGGACCUGACUUACGCCGCGCCUGCGGCACGUCUCCGGCAAGGCACGAAAAUAGAGCCCUUGGUGGUGAUUAAUGGCUUUUGUGUUAAUUUAAGAGCAGUUAAAAUAGAUUGGUCAAAUUUGACCGGGAACACUAAAGUAAGGUGAGGGGUAUGAACACGACAGGAGGGUAAACAGGCAGAGUAAUUACUAGCAUGCAUUGUUCCUUGAUUAAAAUUAAGCUAGCUCUGUCCUAACCAUGAAACCGCUACAUCCACACAUUAGCUCCUCUGUGUUUACUAUCAGCGGCUACAGAAGACAUGAGACAGUGAUCUGAAGGCAGAUGGUUUAACUAAAAAGUCUUUAUGGGUCAUAAAUAAAUAACACAAGCUUACUCCAGUGGCCAGGCUUGAUGCCCUCCACAUCAGCUUGUUCCUUGAGUGCACAUUUAAAAAAGAAACUAAGCUUGCCAUCAAACUCCUGUUGUUUAGGGACUUCCUGAUUUGCAAUCAAAUCUAACAGUACUGUAUCAUAUCUGAUUAUUUUAAAAAAAUGUUGGAAAAUAACUGUGUAGUUCAGCCAUAAACCUGGAUUUCAUGUGUUGCAUUUUUGGUUAUUUUAAUCAAAAUAAUCAAAAACUUUUAUGAAGAGUCACCUUGAAAAAAUAUGAGCGAGACAGGUGAAAAUCCCUGCUCAGUGUAGCUUUGUCAGACUAAUUCUGUUAUUCCAGGAUGGAAAACACAAAAGAGAACUUUACAUUAUCUAUAUCAUUAUUAAAGGGCCAUGGUGAAUCAAGAAAAACGAGAAAUACAAAGACAUUUUAAAAAGUUUGGCUGCAGUGAGAUGUAGUAGGACGGCACAGCAACAUAGAAGUGAAGUGCAGCCAUCCCUGGCUGGCACAUAAGACAUCCAUUCACCCUGUGACAGGAUGUCACUUCAUAUGAUUUAUGUUGGGUAAUUAUGGUUCAGUGACAUCAUUUUCGACUCAUGGGCUCCCAUAUGUAUCCAUGCUGUGUAAGUGUUUCUGAGCAUUUGAAGUGUGCGUGCGUGCGUGCGCGUGUGUGUGACUAAUUAGUUAUGCUGUCUGAAUCCUACAGCAACUGUCUUUGUUUUUCUGCAAAACAGAAGACAAGGCAUGUCACAACAAGAUAUCUCACAGUUCCUUCAGACACGCAGCAAUGCACAUACGAUCGCACACACACGAGCCCACACAUGCACACACACACAUAUAAAUAGACAAACACAUGGGUCUAGAGAAGAGGGCCUCUGCCAUGCUUUCUUGCCUUUAAUUGUCAUGCUUUGCUCAUUGAGAAAAAAGUGUUUUCACCUCAGGAGGGAAGGGGGCAAAUGGUUAAAGGGGAGAUAAUUAAUCACUUCUUGACAGAGCGAAUCAUCAAAUAAAUGUAGUAGCUGUGAGAAGCAUGCCAUAACACAAAACCUCUAAGAACAUUGUCUUUUCUUCUCUUUUCUUUUUGUGAAGAGACUUAACAUAUUAUUCAUUUUGAACUGGCCCUUUACAGAAAGAUUGAUAGCCUACAUGUCUUGAGUAAACAGACUGUCAUCCAUUCUUAAUUUAGCUUUAUCUUACACCUGAAGCUAAAUGUACUUUGUAAAAGAAACUGAUUAUGCUAUUGCUGUUGCUAUUGAUAUUUUAACACAUAUUUAAAUAGUUUUAUUUUUUUCCUGUUUCAGACAUCUGUAGUAUAUCAUAGUAUAUCAGGAUAUCUGCUGCUGAUAUCUGCUGCAGUCACUGUAUCCACUGAAGGAUACAUAACAGUUCCCUUACAAAAACAGUGUUGUUAUUAUUAUAUUGUUUUGCUGCUUAGAAAACAUGCUGGAGCCAAACGAUAUUAACAUAACUUGGAAUAGACACUUACAAUGUAUAAUGUUUAUAUCCAAAUAUGCUUAUUGUUAUUCAGAGAGUCAAAAAGAGAUCACUUUCAGAUGAUGUACUUGAUUGAUGCAUCAUGUACCACCUAAGGCACUGUAAGUUCAGUCAUCUUGAAUUUUGUCACAAUGAUAUCAUAAAUGUGACAAAAUUCAAAAAUAAAGUUAUUCUUAUUCCUCCCCUCCUCACUAGACUCAUUCAAAGUGGACUUAUUCUGUCAAAUCUCCACACCUCCCAUAGGUGCUUUGGGGUCCGAGCCCCCACAAGGGCGAGCAUGAAUGUGCUCAAACAGGAACACCUGGUGGCCAAUGAACUCCCCUCCCCCUUUUCCCUGGCACAUAUAGCCAAAGCAAUGUCAGUUUUAACUGCCAAAACAUCAAGUCAACUUUCACAAAGUCCAAAACAGCUAAAUGACGGUUAUGAACAUGGUCAUUUUCCAGCCUGCUUUACCUUUGACUUUUACUACACAAAGGAGGCAUGUCACUUAAGGCCUGCUUGACUGCCACAAAAAUCUGUCACAAAAUAGGGACUUUGAUACAAUUAAAGACUGAUUCAUUAAGCACACAACUCUGAGGAACACCACUGUCUUCAAUAAGUAACAACAAUGGUGAGUAACUAAAAUGUGUGUUUGAGUGUUGAUAUUUUAUUAUUCUCUAUACUUUGACCCUGUGUGGAUUGUCGUAUCCUAAUUUAAUAUGUUUUAUUGAUCAGUUAGUGGGAUUUUUAACAAUUACUGUUACAAUGGCCCUAAAUGGCCCGCAGAUCUGAGCGUAGGAUUCAUCCUAUGAUAGGACACACGUGAGAUUUAUGAAAGGGUUCAUAUCUGACCAAUCCCAGCGUACGUAUGAUCGGGUCUUGAUAAAUGCGGUGGCUGAAAUCGAUCAUCAUUAACAUGUCACGUCCUUAAAUAUUCAUGGUUCAGAAGCCUCGCCCACUGAGGUCAAACGUGAAAGAGAAGAAAUAUUAGAAAGAUUCUAAACUUUUCCAAGCUGAAAGUGGAUAUCCUCACAUCUGUGGUGGAAACUAACAUGGAUUUUCUCUUUGGAAGCAUCAAAACUGGUAUAAAGCAGUCCAGAAAACUCCUGUAUGGAGCAGGAUUAUGAUGGCGGUGAACAGCGCUGCUGCAGAAUAGCGGACAGUGACUUAAGUUUGAAUAAAUCAUUAGUCAAUAAGUUGCUCAUGAUGAUAAAUUAGUAUCUCAUACAUGCCUCAUUUUUUUUUUUAUUGCCAUGAAAUUAGGUAUGUUGCUCCUAUUAUUAAACGUAUUUAGUUUUAAUUUGUUGCGUCUUUGUAAUGUAGAGCAGACUGGAGGGUCUGACAGAGGCUGAACAAAAAUAAUUAUUAAUCUCACCAAACGGUGUGUUGCUGCCCCUGAGGCACAUUUUUAUGGAUUUCUAUUGGAUUUUUAUCACUGAAUAAAUAGCAAGAACACUUUCUAAACUUAUACUUUACAUGUCAGAAUCCAUUGAUAAGGUCCUGUCUCCUCUGUGGAGUCUCUCCUCGUUAUUGUUCUCUGGGCAACAGGUCCACACGUUGCAUUGGCACAGCCAACGGCACUCCAUUCACCAGUGCAACAUUGUGCUAAACUGUACUGGCUCAAAUGAUGUCCCACACCUUUUCAGGAGUGUACAACAACGUCCCUGCUGCUGGACCAAGACAGAAACACCUGCCUUUUAGGAGUCAAACGCAGCGCACUAAGAACAUAUCGAAUUUAUUUUAUUUUUAUUUACGUCUUAAUCUUUAAUAAAAUCAGGCUGACUGUGCCUAAUGACAGGUUUGAGGUUUGUAUAUCAAUUAUUUUGAGACAGACAUUUGCUGCGCCGCAGAUCCACACUGACUCAAACUUGCGUACACGAUGUCAGACCUGUCGUGAGAUUUGGUCGUAGCGUACGCUCACGUGCAGAUUGAUAAGUGACAAUUCUCACGUGGCAACUUACGUACGCAAGGGGGACGUGAGUUUUCUGCCGAACGCAAGCUUGAUAAAUGAAGGCCAUUGUGUUUUGAUGGGUCAGGUAGGCCAUUACACAAAUGAGGCCAUGUCAGAUUUGUUUUAGAUUAUGCAUUUGGUCAAUAAUUGAUAAGCAUACAAGGUUGGUGACUGUGAUUAUUACUUUGCUGUCAUUAAACUGUUGAUUUACAAUCAUAUUUGUCUCAUUCAGCUUGGUUUAUUUACUGUGUGGGGUGAAAAAGUGGCCAUACUGCCCUAAACAAGCACAAACUCAUCCCAUAUCAGAAGCUAAGUGGGGCAGUGACUGGUUAGUACUUAGAUGUGGAACUAUUUAUAAAAACCAAGAACUGUAAGCUUGGGGAAGUGUGAAUCAGAAGUGAAGUGGGGUAUCUUUCAGUGGGAAGGUUGGGGUUUCAAACCAAGCUUUCUUAUGGCUGUGUUCUUUGGUACCUCAAAUUGCUCAAGGUGACAUUUUCAUAUACAAAAUACUGAUUAUCUCUCACUAGCCUCUGCCAUCAGUGAAUGGAUGAAUGUGAUGAGUAGUAUCAAAGCACUUUGAGUGGUUGGGAUGACUAGGAAAGUAUCAUAUAAGCCAAUUUAUGGUUAAAAAUUAGACAUAUAGGAUUUAUCUUUUGUCUGGGUGUCUGGGGUUCAAACUGUGUCAUGAACCUGUCACACACACAGCCAGAUGCUGCUCUUUUUCUACAACAAAAGAGAAGCUGCACAGGGUCUAAGGAUUCACCAACCCACCUUGUAGCAUAUGCAACCGAGUCAUAUACCCCAAAACUUCAAAAUGUAUUCCUAACCAGGGGUAACACUAUCUGAUGCCAAAAACAAAAGCUUUUGUGGUUCUUUGUCCCAGGAUGUCUUGUGAUUCAGAGACAUACUGUCCAGAUACCAAAUGAAAAAAUACUGCAUCUUUGUCGUGUCUGAGAAGUAAAAUCAAUACAUUAUCAAACCAGUGUCGGUGUUACAUUGCACAACAUUGUUUGCACAGUGUUCUUUUCUGUAAAGAAACCAGACUGUACACUCUGCCACACAGGCCUUUAGAAAUUAUGAUCCACGCCUCAGUGUGCUGAGAACUUGUCCCUAUCUUUUUAAGCAUAACACAACACCUACCACCGUGACUCAGAUUUUCUCCAUCAUGCUAAAUUGUUUCAGCACAGUGGUUAACAAUGAGCUCUCUAUGUGCAGAACACAGUGUGCCACACUGUCUGGUGUUGGUGAGGCCCAAUUCUAGAUGUAGGUGGAGUAAUACUGUCUAUUUUCUGGCUAUAUUAUAUAUAUAUAUAUAUAUAUAUAUAUAUAUAUUUAUUUAUUUAUAUAUAUAAAUUUAUAUAUAUUUUUUUUUUUUUUUUUUUUUUUUUCUAUUUUUUUUUUGGGGGGGGCACAGAUUGUGAAUUUCUGCUUACACUUACUUGUGUCGAUACCCAUGACUCGCCCCCUGUUAGAGGAAGGCCUUUAAAAGAGGUCAACUCAUCAAAACUCAAAGGAACAGGGCAAAAUAUAAGGCAUGAACCAAAGAAACAGACUUAACUCAAUUAGUUGCUUAGCCAGACCAAGUCAAACACAAGGGGAAGACAAAAUAGACACUAAGGACUAAAACAUACAGGACCCAUACAUGAGCAUGUAAUGUCAAUGUUGCAUAUCACGCAGCAAAUAGGUUGCCAUUCUAACCAAUGCAGGAUGUUGUUCAAUCUAAUCACAUACAGGAUGCGUAUCAGCUCCGUCGCAGCUUUAUCAGAAUUGUAUUGAGCGUGGCUCUGCUAAAGAUUUUUGUUGUAAAUUAAUCUAAAUUCAACGCAAAGUUAACUACACCUAAUAGAUGGAUGGACGGAUGGACAGAUGGACGGAUCCUCUGGGUUCAACGGAGCAUUAAUGAGACCUUAUUUUUUGUCCAUGGCCUUCGCUGACACAGUAUUCUCAGUUUUUCCUGUUACAUUCCUCUUGACACUUAAAGACUAUCAGCUAAGCUUUGAACAGUGAUUCUCUAACCUUACAUGACAAAUGGACGGUUUUACUGAUCUAUGUCAUGGGGCGUGUGUCAUAUCCACACAGGCAGCACUCCAUAGAUGGUGUUCAGGAGGGGAGGGUGAUCCCAUACUACUUUAGAGACUUCAGGCCUGCAUGCUGAAACCAUAAUUUUCCGACAGGGGAGUGGGGUGCUAAAAUCUUUUAAGGUAUGAUGAUGCCUGUCCAUGAGGAGCUGUGUAAGUCAGAAGAAGAAGGACUUCACGCUCUAUCUGUAGAGUUUAUGGAGAGCGAGUGGAGAGACACGAAUACAGGAGAGAUGUGCGCAUGUGUCAAUGUUGUCAAAGUUUAAGCAACUUUUUCAACUGCAUUCCUCUAAGUUUGUUGGUUUUUAAGUUUAACUUUUACCUUAUCUGGGUUUUUAACAAAUGGCUCUCUUCCUUAAAAAGUUCAGAGAAACAAACGCUGCAGGUGCCGGCAUGGCUCCAAGCUGUGUUGAUCUUCAUAAGAAAGUCAGAAAGAGGCCGAACACUUUCUGGACACGAUCCUUCUCGGCUGUGCACCAGCCACCACCAGCGCAGAAGAGAUGGACGACACUGCUCCCUACGCUAUCCCUUCUCCGGCCACAGCGUCUUCACCACCGGCUAGUGCUUCAGCUCCCGCUGCGGCUUCUGAUCCUGGUGCAGCUCCGGCCAGGGAUAGCUGGCUGCGACUCGGGGCUAGACCCAAGAACUGAAUGAUCUCCACUCCAGUACACAGGGAAUCGUGGACUGUUGUAGGUGAUACCAAAAAAAGGACCGGGAACUUUGUCGGUCCCAGGAAUCACUGUUGCUCCGAUGACGGCCACACGCCCCCUCUUAACGGCAUCCGAUAGCGCCUCAAUCAACUCUCAUCAUCGGGGACUCCGUCGUGAGACAUGUGCGGCUGAGAAAAUUAUAAUCCACACCGGCACUAAUUACAUCUCCAAACGGUAGUCCAAACUUCUGAAACAGGAUUUUCACCACCUGUUCCACAUUGUUAAUUAGUUCAAUGCACAAUUUUACAUUUCCGGCCCCACCCCAACCUGUGGAAAGGGGAUUGGGUGGUUCAGCAGACUGCUGAGCCUCAACACCUGGCUGUCCUCUGUUUGUGUCUUUCUGGUCUUCCAAAAAGAAACAUCUUAAGUCUACAACUGUUGCAAAACUCAGCAGCACGUGUGCUGACGAGGACCAGAAUGCGGGAACAUAUUACACCGGUUUUAAAAUCACUGCAUUGGCUCCCUGUGUGCUUUAGGAUUGAUUAUAAGGUUCUUUUCAUGGUUUUUAAAUGUCUUAGGGGUCUUGGACCUUCUUAUCUUUCAGAAUUGCUUUUACAAUAUGAACCCCUCGCGGACCCUCAGAUUCUUUGGCACUGGCCUUUUAAUAGUGCCCAAAACUAGAACACGAACUUCAGGUGAGGCAUCUUUUCAGCACUAUGGCCCCCAUCUGUUGAAAAGUCUAUCAAAGGAUCUAAGGGCCGCAGAGAGCAUUUAUAUUUUUAAAAGCAGGCUCAAGACCCACCGAUUUAAUAUGGCUUUUAACUAAUGUCUUAUUUUUAAUCUAUAUUCUUAUCUUAUUUUAUUUUAUAAAUAUAUUUUAGUCCUCAUUUUACAUGUUAAAUUUAUUCUAUUUUUUUCUUACCUUUUUUUAAAUGAUAUUUUAGGUAUUUAUCUGUAUUUUAUAAUUUAAUAUAGUGUGAUGUGUUCAGGCAAUGUAGUUUAUGUUUUUAUGUUUUUCUCUGUUUCUCCAGUGUUUCCUCACUAGGGGGGCCACCUGCACUGGAGGCUGUGACUGGCUCUGUCUGGGAUUUCUCUGCCUGGUGGUGUGCACUCAGCUCUGCCAGGUGGUGGUCUGCAGCAGUGCUUGUUGCUGUGGGCCCCUUACUGGCCAAUAGUGGGGUGCGCGCCCAGGUGGAGGUGUCCCAGCCCUGGGCCGUAAGCAGCCUCCAGUGCAGUCGGCCGCCUUACGUCUCCUGA